AAGAAUCAUUUCGUACCGCACCAUCAAUCAUCGGUUAAACAGAAAGAAGGAUCGACGAAAAGACUCAAUACCAAAGCCUUGUUUUCCUUGGAAGUAGCAGGACAGUUCGUUCGGCGACAACCAUAGUCAAAUCUAUCCCACGACGAGAAAAUGGAAAAUAAUAUUUGGACGAUUGAUUGAUUGAUUGAUUGAUUGGAUUGAUAUUUUUCUAUUGCUGCUAGACGGGAUCAUGGAAUUUUCUUCUUUGAAUUCUGCGCCGGCACUUGUGCCACACGCGAUUUCUCUCUCUCUCCAAGAUUGGUUCCAUUCUUCUUCAUCGGUGCUGCCACAAGUGCUCUUGAUGGAUGGCGGUGUGUCGACAGUAAGUAAUUCACCAGCGAAGCCAYACGGCAAGCUUCUGAGAAACAUACAUUGUAGCAUCCCUUUUCACCCAAUUAUCUCGUAUGCGCUUCCAUUCUUUUAGCAUUUGGAGAAUAUCAUCUCUCCCAAAAGCUUCUGCAAUCGGUCUCUCUGGUCCUCAUCUUUAUUGUUGUCAGAGGAGGGGAGAGAUUUCAUAGUCAGAGGUCACCAAGAUUGGUUGAGUUCGGGAUGCGACAUUUUGACCACCGUCACAUACCAAUGCCAUUACGGCCUUGUCCAGGCUGACGUCCCCCAAAACCCAUCAAUCAYCCGCGGUUGUAAAAACRAUCUUAGCACCGCCAUAGCCGCAACGGCUACGGAAGCGGCGCAGGGUUUGAACAAGGAAGAAGGAAUCGGCAGUGACGAGAUGCAGGGACUUGAUGCAACAAAACCGACACAAUUCAAAAUGAGAGAGAUGAUGGUCGAUGGGAUCUUCUUGGCCAGAAAAGCAAUCAAGGAACGCACUGAACCACGACGUUUGACGUCGUUCUCGACGCCAUUUGUAGCUCUCGGGCCUUUUGUCGUUGCAAGCACUGGUCCCUAUGGUGCUGCAAUGGCCGACGGGUCCGAAUACACCGGCAAGUAUCCACCCCAUGUCACGAGAGAAGCGUUAGUGUGCUUUCAUUCCCGCAAGGCCCACACAUUGCUGGUGGAAGGAAAACCGGACGGCAUUGCGGUCGAGACGAUUCCAAACCUUCAGGAGGUCGGGGUCGUAUGCGAGGUGUUGCGGGAUUUGCAGCAGCGUCGAGAAGAUCGAGAACCGCCCGUCGCUUGCUGGGUAUCACUGGCGUGCCGAAACGGAAACGAAUUGAACGAUGGCCAUACCAUAGAAGAGGCUCUUCGGCUCAUCCAAUUGCACGAUCCGAACGGGAAAUGGAUAACCGCGGUUGGUAUAAAUUGUUGCGACAGUGCAUUCAUAGCCUCGCUCGUUAGAACUCUGAUAAGGGUAGAUGGUGGCCGCCGCAGCAUUGUAAUUUAUCCCAAUUCGGGAGAGAACUGGGAUGCUGCGAACGAGGACUGGACUGAGGGUUCCGGGGCCRCCGACCACCAAAUCGCAGAUCGGUUGAUGGAGGCUAUUUCCAUCAUUCGAGACGCUUUUCAGACCGAACGCACAAGCGAAGCAUUAGCAGAGACGAACAAAGAAGCGCCGAAGCAUCGCGUUCCGAAAAUAGUUAUAGGGGGUUGCUGCAGGACAAAUCCUGCUACAAUGGUCCUGCUUCGUGAGAAGAUAGACAGUAUGAACAUCGAUACUUAGAAAAGAACCUAUACCUUUCAAUAACAAGGACAUGCUAGCUCGAAUACAAUUGCGUCAAUUACGUACUUGACUCUCGAGAAUAUAAACAUAUUUUUUAA